AUGGAAGGCCGUGAAGUUUCAUACAAUAAUAAGGAUGCGGAGGCGAGGAGCGAGAGCCCGGAAGUAGUAUUAUUCCAGCGGCGCUGCUGCUUCUGCUUCCCAUGUUUCGGGUCAGCGAACCGGGGCGGGUUGAGGUGGUGGCAUAAGCAGAAUCAGCAUCAGCUGGGAGGCGAGGUGGAGGAAAGAUCAUUGUUGAGCAGAGGAAUCAGCGCCCUGAAGAAGCUCCGGGAGUGGUCGGAGAUCGUGGCUGGGCCAAGAUGGAAGACCUUCAUCCGCCGUUUUAACAGAAGCAAGAGCGGAAGCGGAAGCGGAAGCGGAGGGAGACAAGGGAAAUUUCAGUACGAUCCUCUGGAUUAUUCCCUUAACUUCGACCAAGGCCCCGGGAAUUUGGAGGAGGAGACUGAGUACGCCUACCGGAACUUCUCCGUCAGAUACGCCUCCAUUCCGGCGUCGGCUAAGGCAUCCAUGGAUCUGGGCAAAGAUGGGCCCAGCUUCGUCUAA